CUGUGGCCGGCGGCCGGUGAAGGAGCGGGUCACGCGCCGUGGCCGUGUCACCUGUGUGAGUGCGUGUCCGCGUGCGAUGUCCGCCUGAAAGCAGCAGAGGCGGCCUGCUGCUGCGCGAUGCGCCCGCGGGUGGCCGUGGUGCGGUGGCGAGCGCUGCUGGCCGCCGCGGCGGUGAUGACGCUCCGGUGCGCCGCCGAUGUCUGUGAGGAACCGGCUGAGGGCGAGGUGGUGUGCUCUGUGGCAAAUCUGGACUCGGGAUUGGUGAACGCGUCACGACCGGCGGCUGUGAGGCGGCUGGAGCUGCGGUGCAGCGACAGAGCGCACCUGCACGACGCCACGGAGCUGGCGCUGCUGCGGCACCUGCCGGCGCUCGAGUCGCUCGCCCUGCGGGACUGUCAGUUCAGUGAGCUGCGGCGCAGCACGCUGAGGCAUGUGGCCGGUCUGAGAGAGCUCAGUGUGAGGACGUUUCAGUCCGAGUGGCUGUCAGACGAGCUGAAACUGGCGGCGGAUUGUUUUGAGGACAUGCAGGAGCUCGAGACUCUGGACAUCAGUGGGAACAACAUGUGGUCACUGCAGCCCGGGCUGCUGCAGAAGCUGCCACUGCUGAAAGUUCUCAACGUGUCUGGCAACCACCUGCAGCAGAUGUCUGCUCUGAAAGAGACCGGCGUCGGCCCUGGUUUGCAGGUGCUGGACAUCUCCAACAACGGUCUCACUGAGGUCGGGACGUCCGACUUCCACGAGUUCGUCAACCUGAAGGAGCUGUCGCUCAGCUCCAACUCGCUGUCCGUGCUUCAAGACGGCUGGCUGACUGGUCUGAGCCGGCUGGAACGGUUGGAUAUCUCCCAAAACCAGCUCACGACCCUGCCGGCGCUGAUGCUGAACGAGACGAAGGCGCUGAAGGCAGUGAUGGUUCAGGGAAACAACAUCACUGUCCUUCCGCCGGGUCUGCUGGCCGAUCUGCCGCAACUGCAAACCGUCAACAUGUCCGGAAACAGUCUAAGCGCGCAAUGGAUCAGGAAGGACACCUUUGCUGGCCUGCUUCGUCUGAUCGUGUUGGACCUCUCGAGGAAUGUAUUGGACUCUUUGAGCCCAGAUGUGUUUGAAGACCUCUCCAGUCUGCAGGUCCUGGAUCUCAGCAACAACCAGUUGGAGACAAUGCCUGCGGGUUUGUUCACAUCGCUGAGCAAUCUGCACACAUUGACAUUGUCCGGCAACAGCCUGAGUCGCCUGGAACCGGGCUUCCUGGCUGGUCUGCACGUACUGAGCCGGCUCAGCCUCGAUAACAACCGACUGGCUUCAGUUGAUGACGAUGUGUUUGCCAACAUUACCAGCAUUCAGAACCUCCGCAUGCAGAAGAAUGAACUGACUUCCAUCCCAAGCUCUCUGCGCCGCCUGACAAAUCUUCAAGAGCUAAACGUGGCAGAAAAUAAUAUAUCUGACGACACUCAUGGUGUGCUACAAGCUCUUCCACAUCUGGGGCUGUUGAACUUGGCUGGAAACAAGCUCAGAAACGUAUCGGUGGAAUUCCUGGCCAACCUGACCGACGUAUCAAUGCUUGACCUGUCAAGAAACGAAAUUGAAAACGUUGACAGUGGAGCUUUCGACAAGGCCACCAAUCUGAUGGCAGUCCGUCUGGACGCCAACAAGCUCCGCAAUAUCAACGGCCUAUUUGCCAAACUGCCGUCGCUGCUGUGGCUGAACGUGUCCGACAAUCAGAUCGAGUUCUUCGACUAUGCCCUCAUCCCGGGAGAACUGCGGUGGCUGGACAUGCACAAGAACCAGGUGCGAGAGAUCGGCAACUUUUACAACAUCGAGUCCGUCAUCCGUUUGGAGACUCUGGACAUCAGCCACAACCAGGUCUCGCUCAUCGGUAGCUCGUCCGUUCCUGAUAGCAUCAAGUACUUCAUCAUCGCCAGCAACCAGCUGACCACCGUAGAGCCGGGAACGUUCGAGAACAAGCGACAGCUGAUCCGUGCCGACCUCUCGUCCAACCAGCUCAGCGAACUGGCACAGGACGCUGUGACUCUGCCGAGAGACGACGAUGAGGGUUCUGUCACAGUGAACACUGCGCCAGACGAUGCGGAAGGAUCGACAAAGCAUGCUGAGCUUCUGCUGGCCGGCAACCCCUUCGUCUGCAACUGCCACAUGGAUUGGCUUUUGGCCAAAAAUGCGACAUCCAGCAAACGCUACCCAAAGGUUCUGGACGGAGAUCGGGUCAUGUGUCGGCUGCUGCACUCUCCGAACCACCUCACCCCGCUCCAGAACACCAAGCCGUCCGACUUCCUCUGCGACUACGAGCGCCACUGCUUCGCCCUCUGCCAUUGCUGCAACUACGUGGCCUGCGACUGCGAGAUGAAGUGCCCUAGCGGGUGCACGUGCUACCACGACCCCACGUGGAAUACCAACAUCGUAGACUGCAGCCGCAAAGAGCAGGUGGUGAUCUCACGCGAAAUCCCAAUGGACGCCACGGCUGUGUUCGCAGACGGCAACAACAUCCGCAGCCUUGACAGCCACACCUUCAUCGGCAGAAAACGCAUCAAGGUGCUGCAUGUCAACGGUUCCAAUGUCGAAGAGAUCCAGAAUCGUAGCCUAAACGGUCUCUCUGCACUUCAAGUUCUUCGCUUGGAGAACAACCAGCUCACCACAUUCCGCGGCUUCGAGUUUGACGGUCUCCAGUCUCUUCGUGAGCUCUACCUUCACAGCAAUCGCCUGCGGGUGAUCCAUCAGAGUACCUUCUCCCGGUUGGCGGCGCUGGAGGUGCUCACCCUGCACGACAACCAGCUGGCGAGCUUCCCUGUCUGGCAGCUGGUCAACCCAUACCUGGUACACAUCUCCCUCGCUGACAACCAGUGGUCCUGCGCCUGUGUGCCUGCCGCAAAGCUCGCGGCCUUCCUGGCGGAGCGAGGCGACAAGGUGAUCGACGCGGACACUGUGAGGUGCUCGGAGGGGGACCGGCCAGACCUGUGUGGAGACGGAGACCCACCGCCGCCAGUGGUGCAACAUGACGGCUCUGGUGGUGUUCUGCCUGCCGCGAUAGUCUCCGCUGCUGUGCUGGCCGUGGCGGCGCUGGUCGCGGUGCUGGUGUUCAGGUUCCGAGCGCGACUAUGUCGUGGUAAGGUCCCUCCCGCGGCGCCGCCAUCGGUGGCUGGAAGCCGAGGCUUCGCUGGUGGCCACUACAGCGUGGCAGUGGUGACGCCGGAGGUGGAAAAGCUGUACGAUGCGUUCGUCACGUACAGUGCCCAGGACACGCGCUUCGUGAACGAGGUAUUAGCUCCGGAGCUGGAGCAGGCGACGCCGGCACUGCGACUGUGUCUGCUGCGCCGUGACGCACCCAACACCAGCUACCUGGGUGACGCCGUGCACCACUGCGUGCAGGCCUCGCGCAAGACGCUGCUCGUCAUCUCGAGGAACUUUCUCGACAACGAGUGGUGCCGGUUCGACUUCAAGGCGUCACACCUGGACGCUCUGCGGACUUCUCGUGGAAUCGUGGUGCUUCUAUACGGUGUAGAUCGCAGUGCCGUUGAAGGCGAGCUAAAAACCCUCCUCAAGGGCGCCGCUUGGGUGAGUUUCGGUGACCUAGAACCGUGGCGAAAGGUGAGGGACCUCAUCCCGUCGCGUCAAGCGUUCUUGCCGUUUUCGUACGGCAAGCAGACGCCCCUGCGGUCGUCACAUCGUCUGCGGGCAAACGACCUGCCGAUGGCGCUACCCGAUGGCGACUCUCCAUCGCCGACGUGUUCCACGGGCAUGUCAGAUGGGGAGUCUGACGCCUCGGGCCGUCUGAGGCUGGACCCGUCCCGCCUGCCGACGGGGAGGGACAGCAUGCAGCAGAGCGAGCACCCGUACGACGUCAUCGAUGAGUACGGCGCUGCUUCAGGUGUGAGGGCUGACAGUGAGCUGUACUGCCACGCUGUGGAACCGGGAACCCAGAUGCAGAGGCCGCUUGGCCUGGAACGUCUGGGACACGUAGGACCCGGGGGGCGUUUGGGUCCUCAGGGCCAUCUGGGACCUCCACCGUACCCGUCCGCGCCCCCGUGUCAUUCCGUUGAGCCGGUCCACCGUCACUAUCCGUCCGACCCGUCCCAUCCUCAGCACCAUGGUCCCCAAGCGCAGUUUCCCAGCCGUGCCGGCGUGGUACACCAGCACUAUCCCUCUGAUCCCAGUCACCACCAGAACAGGUCAUUGUCGCAUUCACUAUGGGUGUGAAACAGGCUUCAGCGUUGGGCUGUAUGCUACAGCUCUGGAUGAGGUCAGUGCAUUGUCUGAGCCUAAGGUCGUUCAAAACGAUUGCAAUGUUGUCGUUUUGGGGGCGGGUUGUCCUCUCAUGUGUCACGUUGACUUUUUAAUUGUGUCAGACUGGCGGAUUGGUGGUGUUCCAACUUCGAUGCUUUCACUGGCAAUGCUGUUGCCUGAAUGGUAUGGUUGCUUAACAAAGAAGUCAAUUGAAUGCAAUGAGCACUAGGGUGUCGUAUCGUGUAAAUAAGUCAUUUAUAAGUGUUUCAUAAUGUGUAUGCUAUACUUGUGAUAUAUUUACCAAUGCUGCAUGUGAUCAUGUGAAAAUGUGAUACAAUAUAUGCAAACGAAGCUUC